GAAAGCUUCAGCAGCUGGAAGCGCGUCACUUCCGGAAUCUGUCACUGUGUAUCUUUACUUCCGGUACUGCCCCUACUGACAAUGGCCGCUACCUGAUUCCAUCCCAAAGGCCGGAGUGAUACAUGGCUUCGCCUCUGGUUGAUACCUAGAAGCAGUGCUGUGUGACUGAGCUGGAGUGAACUGCCCUUGUCGUCUGUAGAAUCAGUGCUCGUCUCGCUCAGUAUGGCGGCUACAGCGGAACUCUUUGAGGAGCCAUUUGUUGCAGAUGAAUAUAUUGAGCGACUGGCAUGGAGAACACCAGGAGGAGGAUCAAGAGGAGGAGUGGAAUCAUUUGAUCCUGAAAGAUUAUUAGAACAGUUUGUUAAUCAUAUUGACGAACUUAAGUUAGUGGAUGAACGAAUUCAAAGGAGAGUGGAGAAAUUAGAGCAUCAGUGCCAGAAAGAAGCAAAGGAGUUUGCCAAGAAAGUGCAAGAGCUACAGAAGAGUAACCAGGUAGCUUUCCAGCAUUUUCAAGAACUUGAUGAACACAUCAGUUAUGUGGCAACUAAGGUGUGUCACCUUGGUGACCAGCUUGAGGGGGUAAACACUCCCAGGCAACGCGCUGUGGAGGCUCAGAAACUGAUGACGUAUUUUAAUGAGUUUCUAGAUGGUGAACUGCGCUCCGAUGUUUUUAACAACCCUGAAAAGAUAAAAGAGGCAGCUGAUAUCAUUCAGAAACUGCAUUUAAUUGCCCAAGAGCUUCCCUUUGACAGAUUUGCAGAAGUAAAAUCAAAGAUUGCAAGUAAAUAUCAUGACUUGGAGCACCAGCUGAUUCAAGAAUUCACAAGUGCACAGAGGAGGGGCGAAAUAUCCCGCAUGAGAGAAGUUGCUGCAGUUUUACUUCAUUUCAAGGGCUAUUCCCAUUGCGUCGAUGUGUAUAUAAACCAGUGUCAAGAGGGGGCGUAUUUGAAAUAUGAUAUAUUUGAAAACUCUGCUGUGUUGUGUCAGCGUGUGAAUAGAGAAGUUGGCGAUAUAUUCAGUAAUCCAGAAAUUGUUUUGGCAAAGCUUAUCCAAAACAUUUUUGAAGUCAAGAUUCAGAGCUGUGUAAAAGAGCAGCUGGAUGAAUGCAGGAAAUCUGAUGCUGAACAAUACCUUAAGAGUCUUUAUGAUCUGUACACAAGAACUACAGGUCUCUCCAGUAAACUGAUGGAGUUCAAUCUAGGAACAGACAAGCAGACAUUUUUGUCAAAGCUGAUCAAGUCCAUUUUCAUCAGCUACCUGGAGAACUAUACUGAUGUUGAAACUGCCUACUUGCGAAGUCGAAGUUCAGUGAUUUUACAGCGUUAUUAUGACUCCAAGAAUCACCAGAAGAGACCGAUUGGAGGUGGGGGAAUUCAAGAUCUAAAGGAAAGAAUAAGGCAGCGUACGAACCUUUCUUUGGGACCUAGUAUUGAUACACACGGAGAGACAUUUUUAUCACAAGAAGUUGUGGUUAACCUGUUGCAGGAAACAAAGCAUGCCUUUGAGCGAUGUCAUAAACUUUCAGAUCCAUCCGAUCUCCCAAAGAACGCUUUUAGAAUAUUUUCCAUUCUCGUGGAUUAUUUAUGCAUCGAGCAUAUUGAUUAUGCUUUGGAAAUAGGUUUAGUAGCAAUACCAUCUCCAGAUUCCAAGAAUGCCAAUCUAUAUUUUUUUGAUGUUGUGCAUCAGGCCAAUACGAUUUUCCAUUUAUUUGAUAAACAAUUCAAUGAUCAUCUCAUGCCAUUAAUUAGUUCCUCCCCAAAACUUACGGAGUGUCUUCAGAAGAAAAAAGAAAUUAUAGAACAAAUGGAGGUGAAGCUAGAUACUGGAAUUGACAGAACAAUAAAUUGCAUGGUUGGCCAAAUGAAACAAAUUCUGGCAGCAGAGCAAAAGAAGACUGAUUUCAAACCAGAAGAUGAAAACAAUGUAUUAAUCCAAUACACUACAGCAUGUGUGAAAGUUUGCCUUUAUGUCAGAAAGCAAGUGGAGAAAAUAAGGAACUCAAUGGAUGGAAAGAAUGUGGACACUGUGCUUAUGGAGCUGGGUGUGCGCUUUCAUCGUCUCAUUUAUGAGCAUCUCCAGCAGUUUUCAUACAGCUCCAUGGGAGGCAUGCUUGCGAUUUGUGAUGUUGCAGAAUAUAGGAGAUGUGCCAAGGACUUCAAGAUUCCACUUGUGCUGCAACUUUUUGACACUCUUCACUCGCUUUGCAACCUCCUGGUGGUGGCCCCUGACAACUUAAAGCAAGUUUGCUCAGGGGAGCAGCUUGCCAACCUAGACAAGAAUAUCCUACAUUCCUUUGUACAGCUGAGAGCCGACUACAGACCUGCACGACUUGCCAGACACUUCAGUUGAAUAUUUCGGGCAGGACAUGAGUGUGGUACAUCAGUGCCAGGCCGUUGCAUCUGAGAAUGCACAGGGAGUUUCUCUUUAGUAAUUAGAGGCAGUAUCUGGUGAGCAGAACAAUGACAGCCACACUCAUAGUAUAUUUUAUCGGUAAAGUGGGG